ACAACAUGAUUUAGUUAAAUUCUCCAAUGUUGUUUAAUUAUUUUUCUGCCGAGAUUAAAAAGCAUAAGAACUCCUUUUAUACAAAUGCAUGCUUAUUAAUCUUUAAUUAAGUGCUUAUAUAUAACCAUAAUGUCAUGUGCGAAGGUGCUUGGGCUUAUUUGUGGACUUGUGUUGUACUCUUUUCAUGAUACAUAUUUAUUUCUUAAUUUAUGGUGAUGAUAGAUUUGCAGCAAUGAGUAUGACAAGUCCACUCGUUUAUUCCUUGGAGUUCAAGCAGAGCUUUCUGUGGUUGCGUUGGACCUUACCAUGGUCCUGGGUGUCGCACAUGGGAUUAAUCUUCUCUUCGGGAUGGAUCUAUCCACUGGUGUUUUUCUAGCUGCUCUUGAUGCUGUUUUAUUCCCAGUUUUUGCCUUCACCUUGGAUCACUGCAGGGCAAGUUUCCUAUGCAUCUAUGCAGCAGGUUUCAUAUUGCUUUCUUAUGUUUUUGGAGUGCUCCUCAGUCAACCAGAAAUUUCUAUUUCCAUGCUUGGGAUGCCAACAAAGUUGAAUGGGGAGAGUGCAUUUGCCCUGACGAGUCUUCUUGGAGCAAGCAUCAUGCCUUACAAUUUUUAUCUACAUUCUUCUAUUGUUCAGGUAUCUGCGAUUGGACUUGUAUAUGCAUGUAUGUACAUGAGUCUUGUAUAUGGGCCUUUAUAUUUCAGUUUUAAUGGAUUGGAGACUCCUGUAUUAUCUGUAAAUUUAUUUUGUACUUUAUAUAAUUGCUUUUUGAUUUGUUGUCUUGCAUGAAGUGAUCUACUACACCUUCAAUGGAGAGAAUAUUUGCUUA